GUUCUAUUCCCUUUGACUCUCUCUCUACAAUUUCUCUCUCUUAUCUAUUACUCCAUGUAACUCCACGCGCCACCUUCAUUGCUUUAUCUACCAUUUUCCAUUAUAGUAGUAUUAUAUACACUGAGAUUAUAUUUUUUUAAUUUCCCCCUCUCUCUCCUCUCUUUCUUGAUCUUUUCCACUUCUGUUGGGUUAGAUAACUGAACUCCUCCCUGCAAUAUUUUGCGAUUCUCUCUCUCUAAUUGUUCUAAAUCGGAAUCCCGAAAGAAAUAGAAAAAAGUGUUUCCAGUCAUCGCUAAAAGGGAGAGGAAAAUUGUUUGGGUGAAAACAGAAAUAGUACAAAUUUUUCUAAAGAGAUCAUUGUGUGGAGCUGCCAAAUAUUGAGUCUCCGGCGUUGAAUUAUGGCGGGUAGUAAUGAAGUAAAUGUCAGUGAAUCGAAGAGGGUGGUUCCCCUGCAUACAUGGAUCCUCAUAUCCAACUUCAAACUUGCAUAUAACAUGCUCAGGCGGCCCGAUGGCACGUUCAACCGUGAUUUGAACGAGUUUCUUGACCGGAAAGUGACUGCAAAUGCUGUCCCUGUUGAUGGGGUGUACUCAUUCGACACUUUGGAUCGUCCUACUGGCCUGCUCAACCGUGUUUAUCUCCCUGCCCGUGACAACGAGCCUCAGUUGGGGAUUGCAGAAGUGGAGAAGCCCUUGAGUGCCUCUGAAGUUGUACCUGUAAUCGUAUUUUUUCAUGGUGGGAGCUUUGUCCAUUCAUCGGCCAACAGUGCUAUCUAUGACAUUUUCUGCCGCCGCCUUGUGCAAACCUGCAAGGCUGCAGUGGUAUCUGUGAACUACCGGAGAUCACCUGAGCACCGGUAUCCUUGUGCUUAUGAUGAUGGAUGGACGGCUCUUAAAUGGGUUAACUCGAGAGCGUGGCUUCGUAGUGGGAAGGAGAAUGAUCUCAAAGUUCAUAUAUAUCUAGCUGGAGAUAGUUCUGGUGGCAAUAUCGCUCAUCAUGUUGCAGUGAGGGCUGCAAACGAGAACGUGGAGGUAUUGGGAAACAUUCUUCUCCAUCCCUUGUUUGGAGGGGAGGAGAGGACCGAAUCUGAGAAACGGUUGGAUGGGAAAUACUUUGUGAGGAUUCAAGACAGAGAUUGGUAUUGGAGAGCCUAUCUACCAGAAGGCGAAGAUAGGGACCAUCCCGCCUGCAAUGUGUUCGGCCCUAGAAGUCAAACCCUUGAAGGUAUAAACUUUCCAAAGAGUCUGGUUGUUGUGGCUGGAUUGGAUCUUGUUCAAGAUUGGCAAAUAGGUUAUGUUGAAGGGCUCAAAAAAUAUGGUCAUGAGGUGAAGCUCCUCUACCUUGAAAAGGCCACAAUCGGGUUCUACUUCUUGCCAAACAACGAGCAUUUCGAGUCCUUAAUGGAUGAGAUGAAGAGCUUCAUCAAUCCUAACUGUUUAUACAUAACUCCCCAUCACAGGCAGCCAUACAUGACAGAAGCUUGACUCUUUUUCGUUUCUUACUCAGGGUCUCGGGUUUCGUGGUCUAUCCCGGCCUCGUUUAGCAAUUAUGGUGUGUAGUAAUAUGAUUGUGUAGAAACUACUCUUUUUCCAGUUGCUGAUAACUUGUGAUUUUGUGGUGAUGAUAUGGUGAUGAUCUGCACCUUGUUGGUGCCGGUUUAUCUC